UGAACCAAAAAUGAGUGGAAGACAGAGUUAUGUUAUUGUUAUGUGGCGGGCAAUGGAAAGAACUUAUGAGACGAUAUGGCGAAGCUACUAUUCCUACCGUUAUGUCUUCCAACUCCCAACCUUUCUUUCAAAUUCAAACCCCAACAUUUCUCUGUUCGCUGCUGCGAUCGUAACGACGAAGAUACCAACAACAAUAAGAAGAGGCUAUCAAAGCAGUCUUCAUGGGAAACCAAGGAUUCCGAGGGAAGAGAUUAUCUCUACAGACUCGGCAAAGAAGCUGAUAACAUGAAUAUCGCCGUUGGUCAGCGUGCCGGAAUCAUCGAUGAUCUUUUCGUCGGUGAUUUUCUCGGCAAAGACUCUGAUAUUGUCUUUGAUUAUCGUCAGAAAGUUACUAGAUCGUUUGAAUAUCUUCAAGGAGAUUAUUACAUUGCGCCUCUUUUUAUGGACAAAGUUGCUUGCCACAUUGUGAAGAACUACAUUUCUCAUCUCCUCAACGCUAAAGUUCCUUUAAUUCUAGGUAUUUGGGGAGGUAAAGGGCAAGGGAAAACAUUUCAAACAGAACUUAUAUUUCGGGCUAUGGGAGUUGAACCUGUGAUUAUGUCUGCAGGGGAACUAGAAUCAGAAAAUGCAGGAGAGCCGGGAAGAUUGAUUCGUGAGCGCUAUAGAACUGCAUCUCGAGUGGUCCAGAAUCAAGGAAAAAUGAGCUGUUUAAUGAUCAAUGACAUCGAUGCCGGCCUUGGUAGAUUCGGGUUUACUCAAAUGACAGUCAAUAACCAAAUUGUUGUUGGGACUCUUAUGAAUCUAUGUGACAAUCCUAACAGAGUUAGUGUUGGUCAAGAUUGGCGAGAAUCAGAUGUCACGAACAGAAUUCCGAUUAUUGUAACAGGGAAUGAUCUUUCAACUAUUUAUGCUCCACUGAUACGUGAUGGAAGGAUGGAUAAAUUUUACUGGCAGCCUAACCGUGAAGAUAUACUGAAUAUUGUUCAAAGAAUGUAUGAGAAAGAUGGCAUAUCUAGGGAUGAAGUUGAAAAAAUUGUGAACACUUUUCCUAAUCAAGCAUUGGACUUUUAUGGAGCUCUAAGAUCGCGUACAUAUGACAAAUCUAUUUUGAAGUGGAUUGAUGAUAUUGGAGGCGCUGAAAAUUUUGCAUCCAAUUUUCUCAAAAGAAAAAAGGACAAGAAUCUUCCUGUAUUUAUUCCUCCAGAGCAAACAACCGAAGCUCUACUUGAGUCAGGUUAUUCACUAAUCAAAGAACAAGAGUUGAUAAUGGAAACUAAACUUUCAAAGGAGUACAUGAAGAACAUAGAAGAUUAAUACCAAGGAUGUUGGUUCUCUGGUGCAAGUUCUCAUGAAUUAUGAUUGUGAAAGUUGCUACCUCCCAAAAGGUCUACUUUCAAACAGGGUGCUUCUCUUUAUCAUUUUCUCAUUUUUUGUGUGUAUAAAUCUGGAUAUAACCUAGAUGCUGAAAUGUGUGAAGAACAGUAGCGUAAUGAUAUCUGGACUGUACAAAUAAUUACUCAAUAAAUUCCGAUUAUUUUGGUCA